UGCAAAAACACGCAUAACUUACAUUGUCAUCUUCGCUCCCGUGACCUACAUCGUCGUGUCUCGGCUUGGCUUGGCUUCCUCCUCCCCGACGACCACCCCGCGCUUCUCCUCUCCCCCCGUCCCACCUUCCGAGAGGCUCGAGCCCUGAUCCCACGCUGAGGGCGGCGGUGUUAGGAGUUUAGCGAUGGCGAGGUGGCGGCCGGCGGCGCUGCUGGUAGUGGCGCUGACAGCGGUUCUGUCGGCGGCGCGGCGGGCGGAUGCGCUCUCAGUGACGGUGACCGACACCGAGUGUAUCCACGAGUUCGUUCCGUACGAGGGUGACACCGUGUCCGGGAACUUCGUCGUUGUCGACCACGACAUCUUCUGGAGCUCCGAUCACCCAGGCAUCGACCUCACGGUAACGUCACCAGGUGGUAACACUGUGCACACAUUGAAGGGAAAAUCUGGUGACAAAUUUGAGUUUAAAGCUCCGAAGGGUGGCAUGUACAAGUUCUGCUUCCAUAACCCAUAUGGAGCACCUGAAACUGUUUCUUUCUACAUUCAUGUUGGGCACAUACCCAAUGAGCACAAUCUGGCGAAAGAUGAGCACUUGGACCCUAUCAACGUUAAAAUCGCGGAGCUGAAGGAAGUAUUAGAAUCCGUCACCGCCGAGCAGAAGUACCUAAAAGCACGCGAAGCUCGUCAUAGACACACUAAUGAGAGCACCAGAAAGCGUGUCAUGUUCUACACAAUGGCGGAGUACAUAGCUUUCGUGGCUGCUAGCACGUUGCAAGUCCUCUACAUCCGCCGCAUGUUCAGUAAGAAUGUGGGAUACAACAGAGUGUAGGAUACAGCUCUACUUCAAAGGCGACAGUGGAAGAAGCACCACAUGGUCGGAACGGGAAACAUUCUCUGCCAAUUUGACAAAUUGUAGCUCUGCACCCUCUUUCUUUUUGUUAGUUUACAAGAAACACUUUUACAUUUAUCAUGUACUUUUAGCAACACUUGCGAUAUGUUACGUGCAUUUGAUGCUGAACAUAGUUCCAG